UGUGGUUUUGUUAGUCAAAUCCUCUGUUUCUUUCAACUCUCUGCUCUCAACAUUUUCUUUCCUUCUUUUUUCCUUUUUUGUUUUGUUUGAUCAUAAAUAUGUUUCAUUUUCCGACCGAUUCCCAAGUUUCCGAUGUGGUUCUCUGUUCUGUCGUUUCUUUCCUGCAAACUUGGAGACUCUGAUCAGAGCAUCACCCACCAGCUUCUCUCUCAUCCCCCAGCUCCCAAACAUCAAACUCCAUUACCAGAUGAUGGAAUCCAGAAAUGGGGUUAACAAAAUGAUGGUAAUAAUUCCUCUGGUUUGGGUGUUGGUGAGCUCAGCCUGGAUUUUCCCGGAAACUGUGGGACAGAAAAUUAUCUCAUCCCAAUUAGAUGGAAGAGAUUUGGUGCAGAGAAAUGAUGGGUUGGAAACAGUCAAAGAAAAAGAUGAUACAGUUAGAGUUGAUCCUUUGAACCACUUCAAGAAAUACAGAGGUGGAUAUAACAUCACCAACAAACACUAUUGGACUUCAACAAUAUUCACAGGAGUUGCAGGGUAUGGAAUAGGAGUGGUAUGGCUUUUGUGUGGAAUAGCAUAUGGAGGAUUUUUGGGUGCAACUCUAUGGUGUUGCAAGGGAAGGGCAAAGAAAAAGAUGAAGAAAAUGCCUCAUUGUGGCCAAAAGUUUUACCUAUGGACCAUUCUUUUGGCUUCUUUCUUCACUAUUUUAGCCAUAGUGGGAUGUGGGGUGGUCAUUGGAGGGAGCAGUAGAUUUGAUAGAGAGGCAAAGGAAGUGGUGAAGAUCAUAAUAGAGACAGCCAAUGGAGCAUCAAAAACUAUACAAAACACAACUUCAGCCAUGAAGGACAUGAUCACUAACUUGGAAGCCUCCAAUGGAAAUGAGCAAACUUCUGCAAUUUUGACUUCUACUUCUCACCAACUUGAUGCUCAAGCUGCAAAUAUUCAAUGGCAUGCUACCAAGAAUAGGCACUUGAUCCACAAGGGCCUCAAUAUAGUGUACAUAGUAACCAUGGUUACAAUUUGCUUGAACUUGGGUGCUGUAAUUGCUGUAUUAGUUUUUUGGAUUCACAGAUUACAAAGAUUAUUUCACAUUUUCAUCCUACUCUCCUGGUUUCUCACUGUUCUCUGUUGGAUCUUCUUUGGCUUGUAUCUUUUCUUCCACAAUUUCUCAAGUGACACCUGCACAGCUCUUGAAAUGUUUCAAGAAAAUCCAAACAACAACAGCCUCAGUUCUAUUCUUCCAUGUGAGCAACUUCUAACUGCAAAGUCAGUUCUAACUGGUCUCAGUUCAGAGAUUUAUGAACUUGUCAAUCAGGUCAACACACAAAUUGCAGUAUCAUAUCCAGAUAUUUCUCUGGUUUGCAACCCUUUCUCAGCACCUCCAUAUUAUGAAUACCAACCUCAAAACUGUGCAGCAAACACCAUUCGAAUCGGAGACAUCCCCAAGGUGCUGAAGCUUCUUACAUGUUCUGACGAAAGCAGCGGAGGAGGAGGGUGUGAGAAUGGGCAGUUCAUGUCCAACUCAGAGUACAAAACAGUGGAGGCCUACACAAACUCAAUACAAGAUUUCCUCAAUGUGUAUCCAGGCAUGGAAAGCCUUGUGGAAUGCCAAACAGUGAAAGAUGCCUUCUCCAACAUCUUGGAACACCAUUGUAAGCCUUUGGACCAAUAUGCCCACAUGGUUUGGGCAGGCCUGGCUUUUGUCUCAGUUGUUAUGGUGUGCUUGGUUUUGAUUUGGACAAUCAAGGCCAAUCUCGAGCAAAAUCUCCCCAAUUCUUCCCCUCCUAAGAUCAUGGAGAUGGCAAGUCAUGUAGAGAUCAUUUGAUUACGUGACAUUCUAGUUUAGGGUAAGAAGCAAUCAGUGAUCCGRGAAUCUCGCGCAAGCGAGUUCUGGGUAUGUCUAGGCUAGAGCUGAAAUGGGUUUGUGCUAAAUUAUACCAAAUGCUAAUGAUAUGUAUAUAGUUUGUUUUUAAUUUUGUCCAUUUUGAAAUUGAUGGUGUAUUCAUUCAUUGACAUGACAAAAAGAUGAAGGUAUACUUGUAAUCUCCCGACCCAAAGUCGAGGAGCAUUUUAAUAA